GUAAGGCAAAAACAUUCCCAUCUUUGCUGCUGCUCCUGGCUCUUCUUCUCCCUUCUUACACUUCAUAUUUCAGUAAUGGGGGAUCAGAAGAAACUUAUAACUAUAUGUCAAUCUGGGGGUGAGUUUGUGAAAAAUAAAGAUGGUUCAUUGUCAUACAUUAAUGGUGAAGAUGCUCAUGCAGUCGACAUUGAUAACGAAACUAAGUUUGAUGAUUUCAAGUUGGAGCUUGCUGGAAUGUGGAAUUAUAGUCCUGAGACUGUGACUAUCAAAUAUAUUCUUGCAGGUCAUGGGAAAACACUGAUUACGAUUUUUAAUGAUAGAGAUUUGAAACGUAUGGUCAAAUUCCAUGAGAAUUCAACCACAGCGGAUGUUUUUGUUAUUCAUCAAGAUGUGUGCAACAUGCCUGCAGCCAGUAGUACAACCAUAUCAGAAGCUGUGGUUCCCGUUGAUGAUACUCCUGUUGAUGGCAUUUCAGCUGAACCAGAUCCAGUAUUUCAUGUUCCUUUUGAGAGUAUAUCUCCAAAUCAACCACCAGCUAUUGCUGUGACUGCUGCCAAGCAUCAUAGAGCUGUAGAACGCGAAAACACCGUCACUGGUGUUGACCAAAUGUUUAGAAAUGUUUACCAGAUUAUUGAUACAUUGCCCAACUGUUCUAAGAAAAAAUGGGGCAGAGUUGAGGGAGGAGCAGCUAGGCGAAGAUCGACUGCAUUAAUUCUGAUGAAGCAAAAUGAUUAUGUUGGUGCUAGGAAAAAGUUAAUCGAAGCACGGACAGCAUAUCCUGGACUUGAUUAUAUUGAUGAGUUGAUAAAAGUAUGUGACAUAGUAUGUGCAGCUGAAGAUCAGUUACAAGGGAGUGGAAUUGAUUGGUAUUCGGUUCUCCAGACUAACAAGACAGCCAGUGAGUCCGACAUAGAGUUUCAGUAUACAGAACUGAUCAGAACUUUGGAACCCAUUAAGAACAAGUUUCCGGAAAUUCAAUCAUCUUUGGGGCUCAUCGAAAAAGCAUAUAAUGUGCUUUCAGAUAAAGAAAAGCGUUACGAGUUUGAUUGGAAAAGAGCUGGUAGCUUGGGUCCUUCUGGUUCUGUGAAACCAUUAGAUGUAGCGCAUUCAGAUACUGUGAACAUGAAUAGGGAAGCUACUUCACAAUGUGCUUCUGGGAAUAAGAGAGUUGUUAGCAUCAGUUCGGAUAAAAGCAAUCCAAUGUGCAACUCGCUGGAGCAGCCUUUGAAGAAGGUAAGAAGUUUGGGUGGGGAUGAUUGUGAAAUUGUAGCUGAGACCUAAUCACUCAAUAGACUAAUAGGAAAAGUUUGCAGCCAAGAAGCGAGCUCGGAUACGACUAAAUACUAGACUAGAUUAAAUGAAUUGGAAAGGUAAUUAGGAAAAUCAUCUGGGAGCCCAGUGAAAUGCAGGCGCAUUGUAUGUUAGGUGGUUGAGUGCUGUUCCUGUUAACCUAGAUGAGAAGAAAUGAGGUAGGUUUGCCGGUUUCUUGCGGGUUCUUUAAGCUGGACAGUGAUAAGAUAGACAAAUGUGACACCGUAGUUUUCUCACAUUUGGUCUCGUCGUUCUAAGAAUAUGGUUAUUUAUAAAGAGUGGAAACCAUUUGAUUGGUUCUCGGAUCCUAAAACAAGAAAGAAUGGAAGUUCCUGCUCGUAGAGAUUCUCAGUGAUUACUCGACCACAGCUGGUGUAUGGCUGCAUUAAUAUUAGAGGUGGGCAGGCUAUAGGAACAUCUAUUGAAGGAGUGGCUUCUCUUAUCAAAUUGCUGCUCGCAACUUGCUUGGGUUUUCUUACAAUAUCCCAGCUAGGUGUGCAGGUGAUACGAGGGGCUUAUUUUCAGGUAUGGUACUCGAUCUUGACCCGUUAUCAAUCCCUAAGGAUGUUGUUGUGGAUACAGUUGCAGCAGAAUUCAGUAAUGGUUCCAGCAUUAAGCACCAAAAUUCUAGAUCUGCUCCUAUAAAUUCAAUGCCGAAUCUGAUCCAACUCCAACAAUGACAUUUUUUUACUGUAUAA